AUUAAUCUUCUAUGCAAAAUUGUAUGCACUUUGAUAACAACCCACUCUGUACUAUUGGAUCGGGCCGAUGAUGGUUAUUUUGUGAUGAGUCAAACAGACAUACAAACAUUUAAUCGUCUGAAAACACUGUUUUGGUGCUUAUCUUUUGUUUUCUAUUUCCCGGGGAUUACCCGUAUUAAGAAAUUGGAACUAAACGAGCCUUUGAUAAAUGGAAAUGUGAAUAGAUCUAAGAAUGUCCCGUCAUGAAUAACUCUACUCAAAACAGCAUUUUCGAUUCAAACCACGAAAGGGAGACAGAGAAGGCUUGAUUUUUUUUUUAGAAAGAAACUAUUCUGUCCACUCCAUGAAAAGGAAACCGAUUUCUUCAAAUCAUUUAAUAUCUUUUUAAGAUGCAGACAAGGGAUUUAUAGAUGGACAGAAUUACCUUUUCAGCAUUUCAACGCAGCCAUGCCUUGGUAUUUAAUUUUAAAUCUAGUUAUGCUUGCUUCGUUUUACAUUCAUAUGACACAUGGGAUCGAAAUGGAUAAUGAUUGUAUAUCAGAGUGUAAAAUCACGAAGGCCAAUAUAACCGACAUUCACCUCUUGAGUCAAUAUGAUAAACCCCUGAAAACAGUUUCCAUAUCAUUGUUCUUAGGACUGAAAGAAAAUAACUGUUCCACUAAGAAUCAAUGUCUUUUGAAUAGCACAAGGAUUUUGGAGCAUUACAACUUUGGUGAUGAAUCUAUUGUAAGUGUUUUUAACUUUCAGUGUUUUACGCCUCUCAUAAUACAAAUCACACCGUAUUCAGGUAGGCAUAAACAAAAUAUCAUAUCCUAUAUCCAGGUAAUAAAAUGUCAGAUGACAGAGGAAUCCUUUUACAUUCUCGGAAGUAUGGUUCUUCCUUUCCACGUGCUACUGAAGGACACGAACCUUGCAGCUCUAGAAAGUAGUGGAACGAACAAAACAAUGUGCAACUUGAUGAAGCAAGUGACUACUUUAUGGAUUGUUAAUGAACCUUCACAAGAGAAUGUGACGGACUUGGAAGACAUUAUAAACAUGUUUCGGUGCAGUCAUGACUUUCCAAAGAUGAAAGAUUUGACAAUUCAAAACAUAAACAUAAAUACGUCUGUAUUCGACUUCAGUGUUAAACUUCCUAACCUGGUGUCUCUUGAACUCUCUCAGACAGGUCUUCGACAUCCAAUUCGAUUUCCUUGGAGUGAUUCGUCUCCCUUACUCAGUUACAAUCUUUCAUCCUCUGACUAUCUGCUAAAUCACUAUGCUAAAUCCUUACACAUAACUGUAGAAAAGCAUCAUUUCCGUAAAUAUUUGAAUCUUAAUAUGAAUAAUAUUUCUAGUUUACAGGACUAUGAAUUCGAAGGCUGGCUACAAGCACUGAAAUUCACUGGAAAUGGACUAACUGAAUUACCAGAAAAUUUAUUUCGUAAAUUGAAAGAAAUUGAACAUAUCGAUAUGAGUUUAAACAACAUUCAGAGACUUCCUUCCUCUUUGUUUCGGGGGCUGACCUUGUUGAAGCAUCUUGAUGCCCACGCUAACAAUUUGACAGAGAUACAGAUGGAUCUUUUUGUUGAUAACAAGGAAUUAAUCUAUAUUGACUUUUCACGUAACAAAAUAGAGAGGAUCCAUAAAAAUGCAUUUCGAUACCUGGAUAACUUACAAGAGCUACAUUUGAAAAAUAACAAUAUAAUUUCAUUAGAAAAUUUGGAGUGGCCUUUGUAUUCCACGAAACUUGAAUUUUUAUAUUUCGAUGGAAAUCCGUUGAUUCACUUACCAGCAGAAAUAUUUUAUUUAAGAGCCCUCAAAAUGGCCAGCUUUAAAUAUACACAAAUUCAUUUUACAAAUUUUACUAAUUAUUUGAAUAAUCUAGAUUUUAGUACGAUAGCCGAACAAUUGCUCAAAGGCGCUGUGCCCAAAAAUGAUGUUAGUUUUAAUGUUAUCGUUAAAAAUCCAAACUUGCUUCUCGUUAAUAUCCUGGAUAGAAAUCGAAAAAUUGAUCUUACUGGCAGUAGAAUAGACAACUUAAAUAUCGAAUAUUUUGGAGAGCAACAGGAACUUAAAGAAAGAUCGGGUUAUAUCAAACUAAAGUUACUUUUGAUUUUAAAGUUCUUUGAAAUUAUUUUAGAAGGAACCCAUCUUCGAUGCGAUUGUGGGAUUAUACAUAUUAGUAGAUUGGUAACAUUACUUAAGAAUGAUGGUUUGUUUGAUGGAAAAGAGUAUUUUUUCAACGAUUGGAAAUGUUUUACCCCUCAAGAAUUUAAAGGCAAAACCAUGUGGGAGAUACGAGAAGCAGACACUUAUUGUGAAAGAAAUAUUACAAACUGCCCGACAAAUUGUACUUGUUAUUCGAGAUCAGUAACGUCUAUUACGAUUGUCGACUGUCGAAAUCGACACUUUCAGACAUUACCAAAAAUCUUACCUACUGGUAUAGUAGACCUAUGGUUUCAGCAAAAUAACAUUUCUACAAUCAGUGACGAUAAUUUACAAUACCUACCAUAUAUUAGACAACUUUAUUUAUCCGAAAACCAGUUAACAAGUAUUAGUGAUGGCGCCAUAAGUAAAAUGACUCUUCUAAGUUCACUGUAUGUAGAUUCCAAUUACCUUGUAUCACUUCCCAGAGCUCUCCAAAGCAAGAGAUUGAUGUCCAUUAGUUUCAUUAACAAUCCGCUAAAAUGUGAUUGCCAUACAAAGUGGAUAAAACACUGGGUGUUAAGAAACACGGAUAUGGUGGAACAUGUCUCGGAUAUCACGUGCAAUGUAGACGACGAAGCAGAAAAAGGAAACUUCUUGAUCCGAAUUCCAGAUCAGGAUUUUGUUUGUUUGGAAGACUUUGACUCAAUUAAACAUGUAGUCAUACCCAGUGUGACCAGUUCUUUGAUACUGGUACUACUCAUCAUUUUGCUGUGUUUGAUGUAUGUUUAUCGGUUAGAGGUAAAGGUUUUACUAUAUAUUUACUUGGGAAUCCAUCCAUUUGAUAAAGAUGAUAAAGAUGGAAAAGAAAUUAUUGACGUUUUGGUUCUUCACGCCCCGGAUACGACAGAGUGGGUAAUGGAAAAUGUUGUGAAGUACUUGGAAUUUCAGAAAGAGUAUUACGUUGUGUGUGAAAUGAUGAGAGAUUUUGUCGCUGGUUUUACCUAUAUGGAAAACAUCGCAAGCAUUGUAAAACACAGUAAGCGAAUGCUGAUAAUCCUCUCUCCUGAAUUUAUCGAAGACGACUUGUUAAAAGUAGCUUGGAAUGAAGCGCAAGAAAAGAUCAAAGAACUUCGAACAAACUACGCCAUUGUUGUAUGUCAUGACGUAGUUUUGAAACAAGUAAUGAUAAAAGACAUGCAGAGAUAUAUCAAACGAGGGCGCUAUAUCGACGCAAAUCAGGCGCUAUUUCACGAAAAGCUUUUGUAUUCGAUGCCUCAGUAUGAGGACCAGCCUGGAAGAGGUAAAAGUCUCCCGGAUAUUAAAGCCUUUAUCCAGGCAACGUAUGGGGAAGAGGGAAUCAAUAAUGACAUGUACAAGAGACAUGCUUUUGUGUCUUACUCUGACAGUGAAAUGCCGUAUAUUAUGAAUGAAUUAAGACCAACUUUAGAAAAUAAUGGAUACUUGUUAUGUCUGCCUGAUCGUGAUUUUGUUCCAGGUGCCUCUAAAGAGGAAAACAUUUUGAAAGCUAUUGAUAGUUCUCUUCACACCAUCUUCAUUCUCUCUGGGAACCACCUUGAGGACGAAUGGUCAGUUUUUACAUUCAGAAUCGCAAGUGAAAAGUCGUUACGUGUCCGAAGCAAUCAUUUAAUCGUUAUCAUUGGUGAGGACGCCGACUUAGAAACCAUGGACGAGGAAGUUCGAUUUUACAUCAAAACUCACGUGACUCUCAGAGUUAACGAGAAGUGGUUCAUGAAAAAGUUAUUAAACUCUCUUCCAGAGGUUGAGGCUCCUAUUCUUGAUAUGAAUUAUCAAGAAGAUGAUGAUAUUCAAUACAAGGUCCAACAUAAGCCGCAGAAGGAAAGAGAGCCCAAACGGGUUGUGGCUGAAAUCAAUCAUCGUGAAAAUGAGGAUACUGGAAUGGUUAAUGGUAUGGGAAAUGGACAUGCGGGGAAUGGGACGGUUAAGUUUAUAAAAAACGAUAAUCAUGCUUAUGUUAAUGAUGAAGAUUAUCAAAUUGAAUUUACAGAUAUUCCAUUGGACGAUGAUGUUUACAGAUUUGGACAAGCAAGAGUGAAAAUGUUUUGCCCUACACUUCUUUCUGUCAUAGUUCACCUUAUUACAAUCGUCUCUAGUAUUGAAGCUUUUGUAACAGGAAGUGACACACCGGAAGUAAAAUCCAAAGUUAAUCACUGUAACAUUUCCGAAUGUCACCUUAGGAUGGAAAAAAUAAGUACAGCAAGAGUGCGCAAUCGUAUGGAUAUUCCACUUAAAGUAAACGGGAAAAGAAUCAAUAUAGACAACAAAGAUAGCUGUACAAUAAAUUCAACUUUACUACGAGAGAACUUAGACAUGAAAGGUGGAGGCCCGGGCAUUGAAUUAAUUUCUUUUAAAUGUACCAACAACAUCAGCAUUCACUUUUCAUCAGAUCGAGAAUUAUUUCAUCACGAGGUUUUCAUCUAUCUCCAAGUAUUGACUUGCAGCACCUCUAUGGAUUCGCUUUUUGAGUUAAAAAGUAGCUUAGGAAGUAUUUAUUCUUUAGAACUUGACAGGACACCUAAAAAACAAACCUCUUGCAGCUAUUCUUAUCGUGCUCAUGACGUUUGCAAAACAUUGGAAUCUGUGCAUUCAAUAAAGCUUUUAGCAUCAGCAUUAGAUGAUCAACAUAAUAAUAUUACUAGGUUGUUUAACUGCUCAGGUAAAUUACCCCUAGUUAGGGAAUUGACACUGAAAAACUGGCAUAUUGAUAAGCAUGCAGCAUCAUUUCUUGAGCAUAAGUUCCCGCUUUUGCAAAAUUUAGAGAUUUCUUUUUCGUCGAUGAAAAUUCCUCCUCAAUUUCCAUGGGAUGAAGCAAAUCGAACUUUUCCUUUUAACUUCACAGAAUCACCUUAUACACGGAAUCAUUAUCUACAUAGCUACCAUGUAGUUCUUCCAAGGCAGUUCUACAGGCGUACUCUUACUCUUAAUUCCAAUUCCAUAACAGAUCUUUCUAACUUCCACUUUAAGGGUUAUAUUCAGCUUCUAGAUCUGUCCAAUAACAAACUUCAGGUUUUAGAUGAAAACUCAUUUACUGGAUUGCAAGGCCUUCAACAUUUGAAUUUGAAGAAUAACAGGCUGAAAACAAUUACAAACCGAUCAUGGAGAACCCUCACAUCUUUACGCCACUUGGACCUGCACAAUAAUGACAUAAGAGAAAUACAGUCGGAUUUGUUCGAAUAUAAUCAGGAAAUGGAAUAUUUAGAUCUUUCAAACAACAAAAUAAAUACUAUCGAAGAAAGUUGCUUUACACAUCUCUCUCAAUUAAAAGAACUUCAUUUGGAAUCCAACAAUAUAGUUAAUCUACCAAGCAUUUUUCUUCCUUUCAAUCCCCUUAAUUUCCAAUUUUUGUAUUUGGAUAGAAAUCCUCUGGUAGAUUUCCCUUUGCCAAUUGUGUACUAUCGAUCCCUAGAAAAAGUAAGUCUUCGGCACACAAAUAUUGACCUACAUGAAUUUAGAGAUAAUGACCUACUGCUGAGUAUAAAUUACUACGCUCUAAGAAGCAGUGUAGCUAAAUGGUCGGAAGAAAAUAUCAAGGGAAGUAAUGACAAAAGUCCCGAACGACUUAGAAAAAUUGAUGUUUCAGGAUCUCGUGUGGAAAAUGUACAGUUAGAUGUGUUUAACUAUGGGACAGAUGCUAACGAAUUCAAACAUCUUAUUUGGAGAUUGUCUAUCAUUCUAAAACAUUUUGAAUUUAUUCUUGAUGGAAUCAAUUUACAGUGUGACUGCAGAAUAAAUCAGUUCAACAGGUUUGUACAGGAAGCCUUGAACAGAAAACUUUUAAGUGGCAGAGAGUAUUUCUUUACUGAUUGGAAAUGUUCUUCUCCUUUGGAAUUUAAAGACAAACCACUGGUCAGUAUAAAGGAAUGGGAAACAUACUGUGUUACUAUCGUCCCACAUUGUCCACGAAACUGCACGUGUCUAAAGCGAUCAGUCAGUGGUGUAAUCAUUGUCGACUGUCGUCAACGUGGAUAUUUCUCUCUACCAGAUCAACUUCCUGACGGAAUUCUAGACCUUUGGUUCCAGCACAAUAAUAUCUCAGUGAUUCGAAACAUUGACUACUUGGACCGUAUUCGCCAGCUCUAUCUUUCUCACAAUCAGAUAGUGGAAAUUGAGAAUGAUGCCAUUGAGAAUAUGCAUAACAUUAGCCAUCUUUAUGUCGACUCCAACAAUCUUGUAGUAAUGCCUACGAGGAUUCAGAUCAGGGACAUUACAAAUAUAAAUAUUGAUAACAAUCCUUUUAAAUGCGAUUGCAAUUCUCUUUGGAUGAAACACUGGUUGCUGUUGAAUUCAGAUUCAUUCUCUGACGUCAUGGGCAUAACGUGCAACAUCGAUGAUGAAAAUGAAAAAGGGACAAAAUUUGUUAACAUUCCAGAUUCUGAGUUUAUUUGCUUAGAUGAAUACAAUACAUUACAGGAUUUAAUUAUUCCGAUCUCAUUCAGCACAUUUUCUAUAACCCUGAUUAUAAUAAGCAUAUGCUUUAUCAACAUUUUCAUUUUUGAAGUAAAAGUUCUUAUGUUUUUGUAUUUUGGGAUCCAUCCCUUUGAUUUAGACGACGACAAAUCAAGGGAAGCUGUUGACGUCCUUGUUGUUCAUGCCCCUGGAUUGACAAAUUGGGUGAUGGAAAAUAUUGUGGAUCCUUUAGAAGCACAGAAAACCCACUUUGUUGUUUGUGAAAUGAUGAGAGAUUUUAUACCUGGAUUUUCCAUUCAGGAUAACUUUGAAAGCAUUGUGAAAAAUAGCAAGAGAAUGAUUUUGGUGCUCUCCCCUGAAAUUCUGGGUGACCCAUUGCUGAAGUUAAUUUGGAGUCAGGCACAAGAAAAGAUCAAGGAACUGAGAUCUAACUAUGUGAUUAUGGUAUACUACAACCUUAAUGCGAAGGAUAUCACGAAUGAAGACAUGUUGCGUUAUGUAAAACACAAUAAAACAAUGACAUCAUCUGAUCGACUUUUACGUCAGAAACUUUUGUACUGUAUGCCUGUAAUUUGUGAGGAUACUGUAGGGGAGGAUCAACGUCUACAAAUUAAACAUUGUGUGAAAAAGAUGUAUUCUGAAGAAAUAGGAAAGCUAGUUUUGUUUGAACGCCAUGUUUUUAUUUCAUAUUCGAUUGCCGAGAUCAGAUGUUUACUGGAUGAUAUCAUACCACUUCUAGAAGACAGUGGCUAUAUAUUAUGUUUACCAGACAGAGAUUUCGUACCCGGAGCAUCACAGGAGGAAAAUAUCCUCAGAGCAAUAGAUACCUGUCUUCACACUAUAUUUUUUCUGUCUUCGGAUCACCUCCAGGACGAAUGGUCGAUUUUUACAUUCAGAACUGCGUGGGAAAAAUCACUUCGGAACAAGAGUAAUUAUCUGAUAGUUAUCUUAAGUGAGGAUGUAGAGCUGGAUGAUAUGGACGAUGAAAUCAGGUACCACGUCGAAACGCAUGUUACGCUUCAAAUUGGUGAUGAGUGGUUUGCCACGAAACUUUUAAACUCAUUAGUAGAUGUUAAUGCAUAUACACAAUGCCCUCUGAAUGAAAACAACCGGCAAAUGGCAUGUUGUCUGGACUACGAUGAACAAAGUGUUACUGAUAGCAUGUUGUUUGGAAAUCGCUGUGAUGUUGCAGUAGACAGUAGAAUUCAAAAUGAUUACAACAGAAUACAAAUUGAAGAAGAAACCCCUGGACGUCGAGUUAUUUCUGUUGAUAUUCAUAGAGAAAACGAUGUUGAAAAUAUGUCUGGCAUCAGAUUCGAUGACAACGAAGAUUUUAUAAAUGAGGAUGAGCAUGAAGAAAACAAUGCGACUUGCAUUAGUUUCUAUAGGAGAGAGAACUGUUUUCAAGAAGAGCACGAAAAAUAUGCUUGUAAAUCAAUCACUGAAGACUCUGCCAGUAAUGAAUUUAGAUCUAUGUGUGUUAACAAUAAUCGAGAGGGAGAAAUUAACUUCAAUAUAAAAGAGGAGUUUCAUCUUAAUGUUACAGAAGAUGAGGAAAAUCUUUCAGACAUUAAAAACGAAAAUGUUGAUUCAAGGCUCAAUUCUAAUGGUGCUUUCGGUUACAGUAAAAAUUGCAGUAGGUUAAAUAUCCAAAUGGAAAUAGGUGAAAGAAAUAUCUAUGUUUCUUCUCUAUCCAAACAGGUAAACUUAAAGAAUGAUAGUGACGUCAGCGAUUGUGACGUAAGUGAUAGUGACAAUAAUACUGACUCCGAAAGUGAUAAUUAAAAAGACAGUUCUCAAAAAGCAUCGGAAAAAAUAGAAACAUUGAAUAUGUUAAGAUUUUUUAUUUGAUAAGAAACAGCAAUAUCAUCUUUAUUUAGCUGGUGCAAUUAAUAUUUCAUUUUCCCCACAAAAAUGGUUUAUCUAUUGUUCACCAAAUAUUAUUUAUUUCCUUACUCAUAAUUAAUUAUGACUUUGUAAAAUCGAUUUCUAAAAGUCAGAUUUCACUACGCAUAUGUCAAUUUCAUUAUGCUGAAUAAUAGUUUAUAGCUAGUUCCCUAAAUUUUAAAGAUGUCUGGUUUAGUGCAAUUGAUAUCGCAAAUUCCUUUGCAAAUUACAACAACUUUUAGAUGUAUUUAAUUCUAUUCAAAUUGUAGAGAAAGUGUUCGAGUAAUUAGUAUGUCUUAUCUUUUGUAAUAAUAAAGUAGUUUAUUAUAUUUUGCAAAAGGUUUACUUACUGUAUGUUCAAACUAAAGAAAAGACAGGACAUUGCACGAAUAGGCAUAUUUUGGAGCCUUUUUUUAUAUACAUUUUGUACUAAAGAGCAUUAUCAUCUUAUAUCAAACAAAUCGCUCAAAGCAUUCAUUUGUUUUAUACAGUGUCUCAUUUUACUUUACUAAUAAAUCAUAGAAACGUC